AUGGCGGAUGCGGCAAAGGAUUUAGCGUCAGGGACAGUUGGAGGAGCUGCGCAGCUAAUCGUAGGCCAUCCAUUUGACACAAUCAAAGUCAAACUUCAGAGCCAACCGACUCCAACACCUGGCCAGCCACCAAGAUACACUGGUGCAAUCGAUGCGGUUAAACAGACCAUUGCUGCUGAAGGACCCAAAGGUUUGUACAAAGGUAUGGGAGCUCCUCUCGCAACCGUUGCUGCCUUCAACGCGCUCCUCUUCACCGUUAGAGGUCAGAUGGAAGGCCUUCUCAGGUCUGAACCUGGCGUUCCUUUGACCAUUACUCAGCAGUUCGUGUGCGGCGCUGGCGCUGGUUUCGCUGUCUCGUUCCUUGCUUGUCCCACCGAGUUGAUCAAAUGCAGGUUGCAAGCACAAGGUGGUGCAUUAGCAGGGAGCUCGACGACAUCCUCAGUGGUUGCAGCGGUGAAAUACGGUGGACCGAUGGAUGUAGCACGUCAUGUCCUGCGAUCUGAAGGAGGAGCAAGAGGUCUGUUCAAAGGUCUAAUGCCGACAUUUGCCCGGGAAGUACCGGGAAACGCAAUGAUGUUUGCAGCCUACGAAGGUUUCAAGAGGUUCUUAGCUGGUGGUUCGGAUACUUCAAGCUUAGGACAAGGAUCGUUGAUCAUGGCUGGUGGAGUCGCUGGAGCUUCUUUUUGGGGGAUUGUGUAUCCGACCGAUGUGGUGAAGAGUGUUCUUCAAGUUGAUGAUUAUAAGAACCCUAAGUAUUCGGGCUCGAUGGAUGCUUUUAGGAAGAUUCUGAAGGCUGAAGGAGUUAAAGGUUUGUAUAAAGGGUUUGGUCCAGCCAUGGCUAGGAGUGUUCCUGCUAAUGCUGCUUGCUUCUUGGCUUAUGAGAUGACUAGGUCAAGCUUGGGUUAA